AUGUCAGACGACGGCCCACCACUGAUCCGGCCGAUCCCCCGCCGACCCUUCGACGUCAACCUCACGACCCCGACGCCCCCGGACGAGGACUCGACGCCGCCGAGCCCCAACCCGGCAGCCGACCUCCACCGGCUCCUCGAUCCUCGCUUCAAUGCCCCGCCGGGAGCUUCAGAGGGGGGCUCGUUGAGCCGCGCCCAGUCCAUAAUGAACCUGACGCGCUCGACGCUCUUCGGCAUCUACUCCCCCACGACGUCCAGCAGCGAUAGGUGGAGCUACUACAACGACGGGCAGGAACCCGACACGCCCUGGGGCACCGGUGCCGAGACACCCGCCAAGAGAGAAAGCUUGGACGAGGGCACAUAUGAGCUUAUGAAGGACCGCUCGACACUUCUGAGAAGACGGUCGUCGGCCCGUGUGAAUCAGGUCGUGCCCAGCCCUCCACAGUCAACAACAUCCUUCAUACUGUCCGUGGCCAUGCGUGCUGCGCUACUGUUUGGAUUAGGCAUGGGAUAUGGUGUGUUGGUAUCGCAAUUGCACGACGAGCAAAACAUUGCGUCACUUCCGGCAGAAGGGCUAGUAAAUCCGGGGUACAACUGGAGAUACUUGACCUUUUGGGGUGUAUGUGGUGUUGUGCUGGGGGGGUUACUGCCCUGGUUCGACGGCCUGUGGGAGCAAAUAUUUGAGAAAGCAAGCUUAGAAGACGAAGAGAUCGAGUCCAAGAACGUGAAGGCUGAUACCGACUGGGCGCUGGUAAUCCGUGGAAUUGGCGCCUUUGCUGGUAUCGUCUUUGCUAUCCGGAAGCUCCCGUGGGCAUCGACGAUGCAGGUUUCUCUAACCCUUGCGCUUGUUAACCCCUUUCUCUGGUACCUGAUUGACCGGUCGAAACCCGGUUUCCUGCUCUCUGCCGCCGUGGGCUUGACAGGCUCGGCCAUCUUGAUGGGAUUGAACCCGCAGAUCGUGCCCACACCAGCAGGCUUUUCAUCCGAUGGUCUGCAUCGAAAUGGGACCGCACCAUCUUUUGCAGAGCCGCUUACGCUUGGGGGCUUGGCCAGCCAGGAGACUGUGGAGACGGGGAUCUGGAUGCUCAGCGUUCUGUUCUGCAGCUGUGUAUGCUUUGGAAAUAUCGGCCGCCGCUUGGCUCUGACCAGCUCGGCUACUACACGAGGACGGUGGGGUGGAGUGAGAUGA